AUGGCAAUGCCCAGGGAGCUGUUUAACACCCGUGCUUCUAAGCUGAACUCCUUCGUAGAUCAUUGUCUGCAUCCCAACCGGCAGUGGAAAAAAGAGGUGCUGAAGACUGUGCAGACCGUGGAGCAGUUCCUGAGGGAGCAGCGCUUCCAGGUGGAGCAUGGGCUGGCCCAGGAGGUGCGGGUGCAGAAGGUGGUCAAGGUGGGCUCCUUCGGGAAUGGCACGGUGCUCAGUAACUACGCAGAGGUGGAGAUGGUGAUGUUCUUGAGGCAUUUCUGCAGCUUCCAGGAGGAGGCCAGGUACCACCACUACAUUCUGAGUCUGCUCCUCAACAACUGUCAGGACCUGCUGGACCUCCAGCUCCAGGACCUGAGGCUGGUCCAGGGAGUCCCCUCUGCUGUCACCUUCACCAUCCAGACCUGGGAGACUGCAGAGCCUGUCACUGUCACCAUCAUGCUGGCCUACAGCUCCCCGGAGCUUUCUGUGUUCCCAGAGGUCUAUGUGAAUCUGAUUAAGGCCAACGUUUCCCCUGGACAUUUCUCCCCAUCUUUCAGCAAGCUGCAGACAGACUUCGUGAAAUACCAGCCAGCCCAGCUGAAGAGGCUCCUGCGGCUGGUGAAACACUGGUACCUGAAGUACGUGAAAGCCUGGUGCCCUAGGGCCGAGCUACCCCCACUCUAUGCCCUUGAGCUACUGACUGUCUACGCCUGGGAAGUGGGUACCCAGAAAAAGGAACGUUUCAGGUUGGACAGAGGCCUGGUCACCGUGAUGACCCUGCUCCAGGAGUAUGAGUCCCUCUGUAUCUACUGGACCAAGUACUACACAUUCCAGGACCCAAUCAUUGAGGACUUUGUCAGAAAACAGCUCAAAAAAGAGAGGCCCAUCAUCCUGGAUCCGGCUGACCCCACCCACAACGUGGCAGAAGGCUACAGAUGGGACAUAGUCUCUCAGAAGGCCUGCCAGUGCCUGAAAAAGGACUGUUGCUAUGACAACAAUGAGAAUCUAGUCUGCAGCUGGAAUGUGAUGGCAGCAAGAGACAUCCAAGUGACAGUGGAGCAGUGGGAUUCCUUGGAUUUCACCAUCACGGUGAACCCUUAUGAUUCCAUAAAGGAGGUUAAAAAGAAGAUCAAGCUGUACCUGAACUCCACAGCUCUACAGCGUCUGUCCUUCCAGGAGCCUGGUGGGGAGUGACAGCUCCUCAGUAGCCACUGCUCCUUGGCUGAUUACCAUGUCUUCUCCAACACUCGCAUCUAUCUGCUGCAGACCAGCCCUCACGAGAUCCAGGUCUUUGUGCAGAAUCCCAGUGGUGGGAGCCACGCCUAUGCCAUUCACCUCGAUAGCUUCGUCCUGGACCUGAAGCUGCAGAUUGAAGCCAAGGAGGGGCUGCUCAGAAAGGAGCAACAACUAGAGUUCCAAGGCCAAGUCCUACAGGAUAAUUGGAGUUUGAAGGAGUGUCGUGUCCAAGACAGCACCACCCUCAUGCUGAAUAAAGAAAGAAACGCUGGAGAGGCUCCAUUUCCACUCAGCUGGUUUCCUCUGAAAGACCUCUCUGUAUUUCCGCCAUUUAAUCCGGGUCCCAUCAGUUUCACCUAACCUCACCAGUGGACAGAUGACGAGGGAUAUGAGAGACUAGAUACACAAACAAACAAUGGCCAGACCAUAUUCGACAGUAGAAUUCUGACCCACCAACUCUGCAGCCACCAGCCAGAAGCCAAACCACAAUUCCUACAUCAGUCAACCCCAAACCAUCAGGAUUUGGUCAAUAACUGGCAGCUUCCCCCAUCCCUUCCAAUUUAGGGCCAAUGAAAGAAAGCCAAAUAAGUUCCCUAACUAAUCAUAUAGGACGCCCUGCUUCUGCUUAGCCCACCUCCAGCUUCCCCAUAUAAACAACCUCAAUUGUGCUAUACCUGAAGCCUUCUCUUUUUCCCACCAUAACGCUGUCCCACCGCCCUGCUUGCCUUGGAGUCUCUGCCAGAGGCCAGGGAUGGUGGCUGACUCCCUAGCUAUAGCAAGUUGG